AUGCCUCGAAAAAUGAUGAAACAAGGACAGCCAAAAGGAGCCGGAUUGAUAGUUAUUGGACUGCCUACAGCAAAGAAAAGGAAAACAGAAAGCAACAAGUUGGAAUCGUUUUCAAAGCUGAAACAGGAAGAAAAAGAUAGGCUUCUUUUGGAAUGUUUUGUCACCCCUUUAGUUGUAAAACAUGCGCUUAGUGGUGUAAAUAUUAAGAAGCAUAAAAUCCAAGUAAAUCCAGACUUGGCAAGAGAUGAAUGUGUGGUUGACGGUAAUCGAAUUGAUAAGUAUUUUUCUGAUGAAGGAUGGUUGUUUUUGAAACCCUCAUUAAAAAGAGAAAAAUCUCCUGGAUCUGUCCGGGUUGUACGAAAGCAAUAA